ACAAUCUAUUGUGCUUUGUUUUAAAAUGAACAUAACAGAGAUUGCAAGGAUGAACUGGAGGAGAAAAAACAAGAGCUUCUCGACAUGGACAAGGCACUAAAAGAAAGAAACUGGGAUCUGAAGCAAAGAGCAGCUCAGGUUACAAAGUUGGAUAUGUCAAUUCGGGAGCACAGAGGCGAACUGGAACAAAAGAUCAUUAAAUUAGAGGCAAAGUUAGAAAAAGAAGAGUUGCAAAUCAAGGAAUGUUAUAAACAGAUUGAAAGUUUAGAGAGCAAACUAAAGCAUGCAAAAGAUGAGCUUCAUGAGAAAGAGUUUAACAUCCUUCAGCAAGAUCAAGAAAUCAACAGUCUUAAAAAAGAAAUGGAAAGAAAACAACAAAGAUUAAGAGAUAUGGAGAAA